CACGAUAGAAGUUCCGCUCCUCCGUAUUUGCCUCUCGGUUUCCACUCUGGUAUCUGUAAAGUAUAGCGGGAUAUACAGGCGGUGGACUGCGUGAGGUGAAUGGCCAAGAAGCAGGACGGCGGCUUUGGCCGCGAUGAAAUGAACGCCUUACUCGGCGGCGGUCUUUCCGAAUCGGUACUGCGUCCGCAUACCGUGGCGCCGAGUAAAGGCAAAACGAUUAAACCCGACGAAAAGGAUGUUGCCGACAUGACGGUAGAAGAAACAGCGGCAUGGCUUCUGUCGCAACAAAGGAUGAAAGCGGGAAAAGUGGGACAGACGCAAAAGGGGGCUAUGCAACAAGCGCGACAUCGAACUGGCAAAGUAAGGCAGUAUCACCAGCUUUUGGCCGAGGAGACACAGCAUAGAGAAAAGUCAAAGGAGCUUGACACUGCAGGAUCCGAUGAGGAUACAGAUGACUUGUUUGCAAACAAGCAGUUGCGCAUGAAAAACAUGCCGAUCUCUGCUCAACGAACCAAAGCGGAGCCAGUAGUUGUUGGCAAGCGUCGUCGGCGAUACGAUAGUAGCAGUGACGAAGAAAGCGAUUCUAAAGAGCAACGUCAGCGUCUAGAACCUGGAUCUAGUAGCAACUCUAGUGACGACGAUGACUCGGAAACUGAUCGACGCCGACAGCGAUUGCUUGCGAAACGCCAACUAGGGCUGGACCGAUCAAUCGAUCAUGAUGUUGGCCUACCAAGUAGUGCCACGAUGGAGAAUCUACCGGCCAAUGUACAGGCCCCUCGUUUGGCUCUGAGCUCCGACGCGCCAAUAAAAGCGGUGUCCGUCGAGAAAAAUGUAUCUUGCGUCAAACCUCCGGCGGCAUCCUCCGAAGAAGGCUCUAGCAGCGGCUCCGAAGAUAGCAGUAGUGAAGAGGAGUCUUCGGAUGAUGAUGGUCCUGUUAUUGCUAAACCUAUAUUCGUUCCGAAACAUCGACGAGGAACGCUGAAAUCCGCAACCGAGCUGGAAGCAGAAGACACGCAUCAGGAAUUGAAGCAAAAGGCGUUGGAAGAAAAGCGAAAACAAGAGUCACGCGCAAUGGUACAGCAAGUUGUUGCUGCCACGGCCCAAGCCGCUCCUGACUUUGAUGUAGCACUGGACGGGAUCACGGGGGCUCAAAAUACUAUGCCAGAUGAUGCCGACGAUAGCGACGACGAAGUAGCUCGAGAUGCCUGGGAAAUUCGUGAGGUGGCUCGCCUCAUCGAUGAGCUUGACGUGGAAGAUGCGAGGCUGCAAGAAGAGCGUGAUCUGUCGAGACGAAGAAAAAUGACGGAUGAAGAAAGGUUGGCGGAAGACAUUGCAACGGGGCGCUAUCAAAGGCCUGGUCAACCAAAACAGACCGAUUUGGAUCAAACAUCUGCGAAACGGUACUACCAUCGUGGAGCCUACUAUAUGGACGAGUCCGAAUGGGAUUCAUCGGACGUGCGUCACAAAUCGGCCGUCUACGCAAGAGCAGCCACCGGAGACGAUAAGAUCAAUCGCGCUGCUCUACCAGAAGUCAUGAGAGUCAAAAAGUUCGGUUUUGCGAAUCAAAAUCUCAAAUAUAAAGGACUUGCGGCCGAAGAUACAUCAGACAAAAACAAUCAGAUAUUACCACUCGUCAAUAUCAAAGAUAAAUCUAAGCGCUAG